UUAUUUGAUACUACUUUUCUCCGAGUAUUUGGUUUAGAUUAGUUUUUAAAAAUGAACAGUGAUUCUGAUCGUACAAUUGAUUCAGAUGAACUACAGGAAAUCAUUGAGCAAUCUAAGAAGAGAAAGAACUCGUCAUUUGUUAAACCAAACAAUAAAAAAGUGCAUACUAUCUCAGAUUCUGAUUCUGAUAAUGAAGUGACAGUUGAACAAAAUAAAAGGAAAUUUACAGCUAUCGAAUCAGGGGAUAAUCGUCCUAAAUGCCAGUAUGGUAAAAAAUGUUAUCGGAAAAAUCCUGAUCACAUCAAGAAUUUUAGUCAUGAAGAUGCAGACCCUAAGCUAGCUAAAAAGAAAUCUACUGCAGUAGAAGUUAAAGCAGCUGCUUCAGAUCCUAAAUCAGUUAAAAAGAGAUUUAGUGCAGAAGUUAAGACAGCUGCUCCAGGUGGUUUAGAUUACAAUUUUUAUCUUACUAAAGUUCAUGGAAUACCUGAAAGAUAUAACAACAAAUUGACUUUUGAUAUUAAAGAUAUAUUAUCUUUAAAAGAUGGAGGUCCAUUGAUUUCUUCAGCUCAAUUUAACUAUAUGUUUGAUGUGCGUUGGCUUAUGAAACAGUAUCCUGAAGAAUACAGGAAAUGUCCACUAACAAUUGUACAUGGAGAGCAAAGAACGUCUAAAAGUUCAUUAGAGAAAUCAGGUGCUGAUUUUUCAAAUGUUAAGUUUUGCCAAGCAAAACUAAAUAUACCUUUUGGAACACAUCACACGAAAAUGAUGUUUCUUUUAUAUAAAAAUGGAUUCAGAAUUGUUAUUCAUACAUCCAAUAUUGUAGACAGUGAUUGGUACCAAAGAACUCAAGGAAUAUGGAUGAGUCCAGUGCUGCCUGAGUGUAUGAAUUCUGAAAGUGGUGAAUCUCCUACAAGCUUUAAAGCGGAUCUCUUAGAAUACAUCAAUGCCUAUGAAGCUCCAGAAUUGAAUGAAUGGUGCCAAAUAAUAAAGAAACAUAAUUUUUCCAAAGUAAAUGUGUUUCUAAUUGGAUCUGUUCCUGGCCGUCAUAUUGGGUCAAAGAAAACAUCUUAUGGUCACCUAAAAUUGCGAAAAGUUCUUAAUUUGAAUGGUAAUCUCAGGGAAGUUGUGCAACCUGAUUGGCCACUUAUUGGUCAGUUUUCAAGCAUUGGUUCAUUGGGCGCCUCACCAGACCAAUGGUUAACUGGGGAAUUCUCUACUUCUUUAUCAACAACAAAAGGUUCAUCUUUAAUAAGUCAGCCUGCCCCCCUAAAAUUGGUUUAUCCAACUGAAAAUAAUGUGCGUAAAAGUUUAGAAGGUUACCCAGCUGGUGCCUCUUUGCCCUAUAGUUAUAAAGUAGCUACGAAGCAACCUUAUUUGAAAGAUUUUCUUCAUAUCUGGAAAAGUGAAAUGCUGGGGCGUUCAGAAGCAUCUCCUCAUAUAAAAACUUACCUACGAGUUUCUCCUAGUAAUGCGAAAAUAGCAUGGUUUCUUGUCACUAGUGCAAAUUUAUCCAAAGCUGCAUGGGGUGCACUUGAAAAGAAAGGCUCUCAGUUUAUGAUUAGAUCGUAUGAAUUAGGUGUUCUUUUCUUGCCAAAAUAUUUUGGAAAAGAAGUGUUCUCUUCUCCAAUGGGCAAUAAUUUUAGUAAUAUUUUUCCAGUUCCUUAUGAUAUACCAUUACAGCCAUACUCUAAAGAUGAUCAACCAUGGAUUUGGGAUAUUCCUCAUAUAAAAGCUCCUGAUCGUUUUGGUAAUAUGUGGUGCCCACCCUAACAAUUAUUUAUUGUUUAAAAACAUUUAUCAACUGUAAAGCAGGGCUUAUAAUUGCUCCAUUUUAUUUUUUAUAUAUUUAUUGAAACAAUUAUUCAAAUAAAGAUUUUAUACUA